CCCCGCCGCCAUCCCCUGCGACAGCCUUCCAACCUGCCCGCUCCCCCGCCGCCAUCCCCUGCGGCAGCCUUCCAACCUGCCGUCUACCGCCGGCCACCCACCACUCUCCUCCAACGCCAUCCCCUGUGACAACCCCGACCCCUGCCCUGCCCUGCCCUGCCGUCCGCCGCCGGACACCACAUCUGCUGCCUGCGUUAUUAUGCCUGGCUGCGUUUUUUUUUUGGAGUAAAUAAUCUCGCGGGAGACGGAGGCGGGACAAGAUUUGAUUUCCUUGUGCAAUCGAGGAAGGGAGGAUGCCGAUUUCGGAUUUAACGGCGAGGGCAGCCCAAAAGGAGUGUUUUUUAUUCGGAGUUGGCAAAAGAGGAAUAAGGGGGAUUCGGAUAAGGCGCGUCCUCCGUUGUCACGGAUCCAAUAAGGUGGUUAUUCUAAGGUCAUUUGUUGAUCCCAUCAGCCAUGAAGAACAAAAAUGGUCGUCCCAGGAAAUCAGCUCUCAACCAAGCCGCUGCUGGCAACAAGAAUGGUCGUAGCAAGCGGAAUCUAAAGGCAACUCGCAACGAAGCCGCUGCUAGCAACGCAAACGAAGACAGGCUCAGCAAUCUGCCCAAUGACCUUCUGCUCAACAUUCUGGAGAGGGUGGAAACGCUCGAUGCUAUUAGGACCUGCAUCCUCUCCAGGCAAAUGCUGAAGCUCCCCACCAUGCUCUCACGCCUCUACCUAACUCCCAGCCUCAAGGGAGUGUUCCGAACCAACCAUGCUGUGGCUUAUGUAACUGAUAACAUCUUGAGCACAAGGAGCCCGGAGGUUACCAUCAGCGAACUCAAAAUCAGAUUUCUCUUGUUGCCCAAUGACUCUCUAAUCAUUGGCAGAUCUGUUGCCCGUGCCAUGGCAACCCAGAAGGUUGCCGCAGCUGAGUUUGAGAUUGUAACGAAGAAGCGUUAUAGCCUCUGCUCUUCUGCUGACCUCCUCCAGUUUGGGAAGCAGUUCAAUGAUUUAUUUGGUGCUUGUCCGCGUGCGUUUGCUGGCCUUACGAGCCUGUGGCUGCAAAAUAUGAGGUUUGGUGAACUGGACAUUCCCAACAUCCUCAGCACUUGCAAGCUCUUGGAGUAUUUGCGUUUAUCCCAUUGCGACUCAGGGGUCCAUGCUGUGCUGCAAGUAGAACACGAUCAACUUGUUGAGCUCGAGGUCGACCAGGGGAAAUUUGAGAGAGUUGAACUGAUAUGUCUACCAAAACUCCAACGGAUGACCUAUGAUAAUUGGUUCUCUUCUCAGGAUCCAUUGUAUUUUGGUUUUGUACCACAGCUUUCAAAGCUGAGCCUUAUCAAAACUCGCAUCCGUUCGGACAAGACUCUCGAGUUAAGUCAGCUCCUUGCUAAUGUUCCUUCCAUAGACUAUCUUCGUCUGGAUUUUCGAAGUGAAAAGAUUUGGAUUCUGCCAGAAUGCCCAAAACUGCUCAAGCCUGUGCUCAACAAACUACAGCAUGUGAAUCUGGACCAUCUUCCUGAAGGAUGUGAUUUAGCUUGGACAAUGUUUAUUCUUGAAGCUGCACCCUCCCUGAAAGAGCUGUGCAUCACAGUGUGGGAUCAUUGGUGCAUAAUGAUAACAAACAAAGAGUUGCGGAAGAAAUAUUGUUUCUGCGAAAAGGCAGACGUGAAGUGGAAGCCAUAUGCCCCUGAUUUCAAGCACAAGAAUCUGGCUAAGCUCACCAUCUACGGGUUCCAACCUGACGACAAUUUUAUGCGAUACAUCAGGUGUGUCGCGGAACAUGCGGUUAAUAUAACAGAGAUAUCCCUGUAUGACAGGAAGGUGUGUGGGCGUUGUGGCGACUUGGAUCCUGAGAUCAAGGACAGUGUAUGUCCAUCAAGAUAUCCACCGACAGCCGAGGAGCGGAAGCAGAUAACAGAGGAGUUGGGUUUGUCUUCUGUUGCUGUGGUUCACUUCCGGUCCUAAUUGAAAAAAUGUAGCAGUUUCUAAGUCAUCUGUAAUAUCAUCUUCAUAACUGGAAAGAGUUCAUCAAACUCCAUAAUUCAGUAGUUAUUAUGCUUGUACUCUUGCUUUCCUUUCAAUUGAAGCUUUUGCACUAUUGGGAAGUAUUCUGGUGUUUGUGAUGUAUGGAAAUAAUAAUUGUGAACUAUUGAAAACAAGUUGACAUUAGUUCAUCUUUAUCCA